UUACAACUGUUGAGCUUUCAAGGGUAAUCAGAGCUGAGACCGGCCAACCUCGGCAGCUGCCGAUGAGGGAACACGGCACUACCUUCCCUCUCUCCCCCCGCUCGCCUUCGUCGCUGCUCCCAGUCUCACGGACCCCCGGGAGCUGGGGCCCCUGGGCGAGCAGAGCUGCGUGAAGCUGGCGAGCGCUUUGGGCCAUGCAUUCCCACUGAAAAUAAUCACUGGGGUUUGCAAGAAGAGCUGUGUGCUGGAUCCUGCAGGAUUUUUUUUUUCCCCUCCCUCUUCCAGUCCGCCCCCAUCCCUCUCUUCUGCCAGGCGUGCCGGCGCUGUUCUUCAUUUCUGGGAAACCAUGGACAAGAAGCAAGAUUCCAAAGGAUCCUUGGAGCCGCACAAACCGGUGAAAAGCAAGAAGAAACGGGACCUGAGGAUAACAUGUGUCCCCAUCAAACAGCCCGUUGCCAACACAACGCCCCCGAGGAACUUGGACUCCAGAGCGUUCAUUACCAUUGGAGAUAAAAACUUUGAGGUGGAAGCUGAUGACCUGGUGGCAAUUUCAGAGCUGGGCCGUGGGGCCUACGGCGUGGUGGAGAAAGUCCGGCACGCGCAGAGUGGCACCAUCAUGGCUGUGAAGAGGAUUCGAGCAACUGUGAACACUCAGGAGCAGAAGAGGCUACUGAUGGACUUGGACAUCUCCAUGAGGACAGUUGACUGCUUCUACACAGUCACCUUCUACGGAGCCCUCUUCCGUGAGGGCGAUGUGUGGAUCUGCAUGGAGCUGAUGGACACCUCCCUAGAUAAAUUCUACAAGAAAGUACUGGAGAAGAAGAAAACCAUCCCUGAAGACAUUUUGGGGAAAAUGGCAGUGUCUAUUGUACGAGCUCUGGAGCAUCUGCACAGUAAACUUUCCGUAAUCCAUAGAGACGUGAAACCUUCCAAUGUGCUGAUCAACAAGGAGGGACAUGUAAAAAUGUGCGACUUUGGGAUCAGCGGCUACUUGGUGGACUCUGUUGCGAAGACCAUGGAUGCUGGCUGCAAACCGUACAUGGCUCCGGAAAGAAUAAACCCUGAGCUGAACCAGAAAGGCUACAAUGUGAAGUCGGAUGUCUGGAGCCUGGGGAUCACAAUGAUCGAACUGGCCAUUCUUCGCUUCCCGUACGAGUCCUGGGGGACCCCCUUCCAACAGCUCAAGCAAGUGGUGGAGGAGCCCUCACCCCAGCUGCCUGCCGAUCGCUUCUCCAAGGAGUUUGUGGACUUCACAGCACAGUGCUUAAGGAAGAACCCUGCUGAACGAAUGAACUAUUUAGAACUUAUGGAACACCCUUUCUUUACCUUGCACGACACCAAAGAGACUGACAUGGCCUCCUUUGUGACAGAGAUCCUCGGGGAAGACUCCUAACUCAAACCUCACGGCUUCACGCAGUCCCCUCCAUCAUGGCUUCCCCGCAGAAGAGUGAAUGAGGACUCCAGUUAAUGGUGGUUUGCACAAAUCGCACUUCCCCAACCUGUGGGCACCUCCAGCCUCACAACCUCUUUUCUCUUUGCCCUGUAAGUGAAAUCCCCCACGAUGAGCCUUUUGAAGCCAACACCUUUCCAACUAAGCCACGGAGACCGAAGGCUCAGGAGUUCCCUGCUCACGCCAGCGUAUCCCUCCCGGGGAGGGGACCGUGCCCAGGCACUGAGCUGGGCCAGGGCAGAGGGUGCCAGAGGGCAUCUCCCCUCCCCAGCAGCCUGGUGCAUGGCACAAGGGGGUUUGUGUUUCUUCGCUGCCUGGCGUAGGCAGAGAGAAAAAAUGCUGCUGCACUUGCCCCACUCUCCUCCCCUGCCUGCCCCAAGCCCCUUUCCCAGGCUCUGGUCUCACUCACCUUCCCUUUGUGCCUGGCUCUCUGCCCCCAGGAGCCUGUGCAGCUUUUCAGGGGGCUGUGGGGCUCCCUGGGCGUGCUGCUCUUCACACCAGAGGCUGCUCUAAUGCCUGGCUCGUCAUCUUAAUGAUUUCUGAGGCAGCACCAGACUGGGUGUCCCCUUCCCUCAAUCAAUGCACCACUCCCCUGAAAAGGGGGGGGAAAAAAGGCAUUUUUUUCAGUGAGCCCACCUUGACGCUUUCCCCAUGGGAUUUCAUCCGGCACGUAGCGCUUCCUUCCCCACGCGGGUGCAAGGUGGCUGAGAGACAAGCAGGUCCCCGGCGCUGCCCCUCUCCCCUCCAGCCCUGGGCUGGGAGGUCGCAUCCUCUCUCCUGGCAUCUAAUGCCUUUCGCAGCCCCUGCCCUCCGCCUUCCCUGGCUCCGGGAGAAGACGUUGCUCCAUCUUCCUUCCAACCUGGAGCUCGUGUAAGACCUCGCACUGUGACACCCGUUCGUUUCGGAGGCCGUGCUUGCACCCUCGUGUCCCAAACCGCCUUCCAACCCUCCAUCUGCCCGCCGAGGUGUCAGCCGAGAUCGAAACCCCAGCGACUCGCACGGGGGCUGCUGACAGUUGUACAUUUUAUGUCUAUAUAUAAUGGACUUUGUAACAUGUUUCCUAGUUUUAAUCUAACUUGCUAUAAAUUAAAGCCCUUCUGUGUGGGAGGAGGGAGGAGCAGUUCCUUCUCCGCUAACAAAUCCACUGUGAAAACCUGAUGUGUUUCCUCACGCUCCCAGCCUGAGCACUUGUGCCAGGAGCUACGGGAGCAAAAGGGAUUUCUGUCUUCUACUGUACAUGAUCACGGGAUAAACGCACCGCUGUGGAUUUUGUUGGGAUUUUUUAAUCAACUGAGUUUUCAGAGGGAUUUUUUUUUCCUUUUCUAAUAUAUAUUUGUGUGUGUGUAUGUGUGUGCGCAAUACAUAUAUAUUAUAUAUUUUUAAAUC